UUCGUUAUGUGGACCUGCAGAAGCAGUAGCCCCGGACCAAUGGCGGUGGAUAGAGCGUUUGAAGAGAACGCCCAUUCGAACCUAGACGAGCAAAAGCUGUGCUGAUUCCGUUGAACAAUAGUGGGAGAGAGAGAAAGAGGGCGGCAGUGAUCGAGAACGAAGCCUAUUCUUAGACUGAAGAUGCACCAGGAAUGUGGAGGGAGAUCGGGGACAGAGAAACCGGUAGAAUCCUGCCGAAUUCGUUCACUAAUCGGGUCAAAUCGAGUCGUAUCCGCACUCUUCAGCUCUCUAACAACAAAGACAUCGUCUCUGCUCACAGAGGCGCCAUCAAUUCGCUUCAGGUUGAUUUGACAGAGGAGCGAUAUUUGUUAUCUGGUUCGUCAGAUGCAUCAGCUGCUGUUUAUGACGUUCAAAGGGCUACAGAUUAUGAAGGAGGUGGCGUUAUUGCCAAGCACCGUUGUCUAUUUGCUGUUGACAAGAAACAUGAACACGGACAUAAAUAUGCUAUAUCCUCAGCCAUAUGGUAUCCUAUAGAUACGGGGCUAUUCAUUACAAGCUCAUAUGACCAUUAUAUAAAAGUAUGGGAUACAAAUUCCACGCAGGUGGUAGUGAAUUUCAAAAUGCCGGGAAAGGUUCAUAGAGCUGCCAUGUCUUCAUUGGCAACAUCUCACAUGCUAAUAGCUGCUGGAACUGAAGAUGUUCAAGUUCGUCUUUGUGAUAUUGGUUCUGGUGCAUUCGCUCACACAUUAUCUGGUCAUCGUGAUGGUGUUAUGACAUUAGAAUGGUCUACUUCCAGCGAGUGGGUUCUGGUAACUGGUGGAUGUGAUGGCGCAAUACGUUUUUGGGAUAUCAGACGUGCUGGAUGCUUUCUUGUUCUAGAUCAGUCCCAGACCCAGCUUGGGAGACGCCUGCCUAUUCGAACAUGCUCUACGAUGAACACGGAUUCUGAAUCAAGAAAUUUGUCUCCUAAGUCACGCACACCACAAAGGAGAUCCAUUCGUAAGAGUGAAAAACAAUCUCUUCUUGAUAGAACCUCUGCCAAAGGACUUGUCAGGCAGAGAUUACAUCCUGGGAUGUUGUCUAGUCAAGAUCAUGCAACAGCUCAUUACGGUGCAAUCACGGGCUUAAAAAUAACUGAAGAUGGCAUGUAUCUUCUGAGUGCAGGAUCUGAUUCAAGAAUACGUUUGUGGGACAUUGAAUCUGGUUGCAACACACUUGUGAAUUUUGAGACAAUGCGCCUCCAGACCAGCAAAGCUAUUCAGCUGGCCACAAGCCGGGAUUCAGCUCUUGCUUUUGUUCCGUGCAUGACAGCUGUGAAAGCAUUCGAUUUCUGGUCAGGUAAGACAUACCUGACACUUUGUGCCCACUAUGAAUACGUCAACUGUUGCUGGUUUAGUUCGCAAGAUCAGGAGUUGUAUACUGGUGGCAAUGAUAGGCAAAUUAUUGUAUGGUCUCCAUCGAGAUUGAUGCCCAAUGAGAAUGGAGGGGAUUCUCAGGAUCAGGAUAAUUGGAGCGACUGAUGUUUGCUGCAUCAUCCGGUGAAAGGGCCUGAUCGACUUUUGCUCCAGCAUCUAACAUGCAGAUGAAGGGCCAUCUCUAAUAUCUCUGUUUAUGUGUACAAUUAUCUCUGGACUCUAAUGUAAAUUCUGUUGCAUGUGAAUACUCAUUUUCAAGGGCUCUAUUUGUUGUAAUGGAAGCAUUGUUUUGUUUUAACGGAAGUGCAUGGCUCUAUCUCUUGGACAACAUUUUUGAAUUUCAUUUUAAUGAAUAUAUAAAUGGUUGAUGUUUACUUGGUUGAA